AUGAUUGCAGAGUAUGAUGUGAUUAUGCAAGAUCAUGUUAGACGCAUUCAGGAUCGUGAAAUUCGUUAUCAUUAUCUUGGACAUAAAAUUCAAAAUGAGUUCAUUUCCCUUUUGUCUCAAAGUGUGAAAAAUUCUAUCAUUAAGAUCAUUAAAGAGGCUAAAUACUUUUCCAUAAUUCUUGAUUGUACGCCUGAUGUGAGCCAUCAAGAACAAAUGACCCUCAUAGUUCGAUGUGUUAAUAUAUUAAAUAACAAAGUUAAAAUUGAGGAGUUCUUUUUGGAGUUUCUAAAAGUGGAUGAUACAUCUGGAUUAGGACUCUUUAAUGAACUACAAAAUGUUUUGAAGUCUCUUGAUCUUAAUGUUGAUGAUGUGAGGGGACAAGGUUAUGAUAACGGUUCUAAUAUGAAAGGAAAGCACCAAGGUGUUCAAAAAAGAUUUCUUGAAAUUAAUCCAAAAGCAUUAUACAUGCCUUGUGCUUGUCAUAGUUUAAAUCUCACUCUUGGUGAUAUGGCACAUUCUUGUGUUAAAGCUAUUUCUUUUUUUGGAGUUUUACAACGCAUAUAUGCAUUGUUUUCGGGUUCUACAAAGAGAUGGAAAAUUUUACUUGAUAAUGUUCCUGGAUUAACUGUGAAAUAUUUAUCAAAUACUCGAUGGGAGAGUCGAAUUAAAAGUGUCAAAGCUAUUAGAUUUCAAUGUCCCCAAAUAAGAUUGGCUUUGUGUGAAUUAUAUGAAUCUUGUGAAAAUGAUGCAAAGUCAAAAAGUGAAGCUGAAAGUUUGGUGAAUGCACUCUCAAGUUUUGAGUUUUUGCUUGGUGUUGUGAUUUGGUAUGACAUUUUAUUUUCUGUUAAUAUGGUAAGCAAGAAAUUACAAUCUAAGUCUAUGUGCAUUGAUACUACCAUAAGGCAACUAGAAGGUGUGAUGUCCUACUUUGAAAAAUAUAGAGAUGAAGGCUUUACAACUAGUAUGAAUGUAGCUAAAAGUCUUGCACUUGAAAUGGAUGUGGAGCCUAUCUUUCCCGCAAAACGUCGUGUGAUUAGGAAGAAUUUUUUUGGAGAGAAUAAUGAGAAUAACGAAGUUGAAUCGCCUGAGAAGUCAUUUAGAGUCAAUUAUUUUUUGGUUGUGGUAGAUAUGGCAAUUACUUCUUCGAAGAAUAGAUUUGAGCAAUUGAAGACAUUUGAAAGUAUUUUUGGAUUUUUAUAUGAUUCAAAUAAGUUAAAGUCAUUAGAUGAUAAUGAGUUGAAAGAAUGUUGUGCUCAUUUUCAUUCUACCUUUUCUCAUGGCAAUUCAUCAGAUGUUGAUUUAGAUGAUCUUUUCUCUGAAUUAAAAGUCUUACAAAUGACUUUGCCGACAGAAUUGUUAUCCGCUACUGAAAUUCUUAAGUUUGUCAAUUCUGCAGAUUGUUAUCUGAAUGCUUCAAUUGCUUAUAGGAUUUUAUUAAUUGUGCCUUUGACCGUAGCUUCAGCCGAAAGAAGUUUCUCAAAGCUUAAAUUAAUAAAAACGUACUUGAGGUCAUCAAUGUCACAAGAAAGGUUGAAUGGUUUAGCAACAUUAGCUAUUGAGAAGGAGAUGAUAGGAAACAUUGAUGUUGAUGUUAUUAUCAAUGACUUUGCAUCUCAAAAUGCUAGAAGAAACCGUUUCUUAUGA